GAUGUACCCAAUAAAAGAGGUUCCUGUGGAGGCCGAGGCCCUGACCAACUGGCUUUACCAGAGGUUUGUGGAGAAGGAAAAGCUGUUGGCCCACUUCUACGACACAGGGUCAUUCCCUCCCCCAGAAGGACAGAAGGAGGCAGCGUCCCGACAGAUGACCCUUGACCCCGUGUGGCUCUGCAUGAUCCAGUCGUUUGCGUUCGCCUCCGGCUACAUGUGGUACAACGUCCUCCAGUACCUCUACUGCUGUUUAUUUUGAGCGUGCUGACGGGGGUCUUUAUCGGACCACUGGAAAAGCCUCAGGAUCGGACGGCGUGUGGCUCCAUCGUCACACUUUACCCCCUCCUCCUCCCUCUACGAUGGAUGAAUGUACAUCUGCAACGGUGGAGAGACUUAACAAGGAACAACGAGAAGAAGAAAAAAAAACAAGUAAAUGAACCGAAACUGACAAAAAAUCCGUACCAAUAUGGUGACAGAGGUGGUUAAGUUGCACACAGACCUAACGCCACACAACUCGCUCCAGCAGAUAAUCUCUCACGCCCCUCACAUGUUAAUGUUUACACGUCCCUUUCAUGUAGACACCGCCUACAGGACUUUUAAUUAGCGUUAACGAGGCUCAGGACUCCUCCAGAAGACGCACUGGACUGGACUGGACUCCCUUUCGUUCCGAGGCUUUAGGCGCAGUAGUUCCAACAGAGUAUGCAGUAUGAAUGGAUGAACGCAAAACACCCGUAACUCCUCCUCCUCCUCGUGAGAGUCGUCGUCGAAGCCCACCGGACCUCUCCGUCAGUCGGUUUAUGAGCCAGCUUGGCUACACCUUCCAGAGCGAACGGCGUGUUUAAAACAAGUGAAUAGAAAAACACUGGAGACGCUCACUCUGGCCUUCAUUGCACUAAAGAUCCAUACUGCCCUGACUGCUCCCUGCCCCAGGAAAAGACUCCACAAAGAAAAAAAAAGUGGUAGCUGGUUGAUGUUUUUCAUUUCUCUCAUUUUUCUUUCCUCAACCUGCAUAUCUUCACGACGACGACGGCCAUCGUAUUUGUUGUCCAUGUUUGUUUUUAUUUGGUUUCUUCAUCGUCGGUCUGUCCGCCUUGUCUUUCGUGGCCGUAUCGUGAGCUUGCUGAAAAAAAAAGAUAAACGGGUGUGGGUGGGGGGGCUGUAAUAAAGACCCAGAUGAAAGCCGGAAAAAAAAGGACGUGUCGCUUGGGUAAGUGUUUUCCAACAACGCCUAUGAAAAGUAGAAAAUAAAACCAUCUUUUAAAGACGGGGGAUUAAAAAUCAAUCUGGUUAGAUUUCCAUCCCGAGGAGCAUUUUAGCAACUGAGAAGGCAGAGACUGUCCUGCUGGACUACAUAGUUUUACAAAUACUGAAGCCAUAUGCUUACUGUCGGCGGUGGGAAUUAAAAAAAAAAACUUUCUCUGUUUGUUUUUAUAGGAAGCUACCCCAAGAGUUUUUGGCAUACAGAGUUUUAGGUGUCAUAACUGUAAAUUUACAGCAUAACCUGCCUAAGUGAGUGUGCGUGGUCGUCUUUAACCCUCAUUUUUUAUAGAUAAGACUCAUGUCGUGUUGCUCUGUGACGUUACUUUUUGAAAACAGAUUCACCUCCAGUGGUCAAAGAUUUUCUUUAAAUUUUUUUUUAGAUGACAUAAACUGUUCUCUCUCCGUGUCAUCGCUAUGUUUAAAUCUUGUAACAAAGUUGAGAAAAUGUUGGAAAUGACUGCAGCGUCUACUUCAAUUUUUUUUUUCUGUGAUGAUUUUAUUUUGAAUUAUGAAUGUUUUCUGGAAGGAGGGGUGCAAACAAAAAGAAAAGUAUUACCCUGAGUUUUUCUUUAAUCAUGUUUUUACAAUAAAGGCUGCUGAAGCUCCGCGUGCGCAGCAGCAACCUUUUUAAAUGCAGAUUUAAUGGAAGAGCCUUAUCUUGAAUAAUUCCUCGCAUUCCCUUUUGACACAUUGGGUUUUUUUUUUUUUUUUUUUUAGGUGUUCAGAUAAAAGUGGGCCAGUGUGGAAGGAACCAUUUCGGGGGGUUCGAUUGAACCUGCGUUGUGGUUUCGAGGUCAGAUAAAUUUGUAGCUUCUUAAGCCUGCUUUAAUCAUACAAAUUAGAGAGGAACAGUAGAUAUAUCAUUGUCAGACUAAUGCAAAAAAAAAGAAAGGUGCAUUUUUUAGUUGCUGCCCUCCUGCUGUGCCACUGUUAGUUAAAAACUGUGUGAAAUACAAAAAAGGGCUACCUGACGAGGUAGGUGAAAACAUUUUGAAUCAGACUGUAAAUGUGUCAUCGUUCAGAUUCCCCCUUCAUUGUGAGAGUGACCUGAAACAAAGCAUCAUCUUUAUUUUGUUUUAGUUUUUUUUUCUUUAAUUUGAUUUAUUUUUUUAUGGUUCAAUCACAUUUCCAAAGAAGGCAGGGAAAUAAUGUUCUGCUAGAUGUGGUUUCAGGAAAUGAACACAGUUGAGGUUUUAAACAUAUUGUACUGGAACUGUCUAUAAUUUUAUUUUAUUUUUAUUUUUUUCCAUUUUGUACUUCUCCUUUAAUUCCUAGCUACACAGCCAUUUUACAACACAAAAAACUUGUGCUGGAAUAAAACAUAAAGAUCCUAA